GCCGCCGCUCCAAAAAAAUCGGGUGGUUUCUCGCGACGCUCCCAAAUCCCGCUUCGAAACCCCCGAGACCAAAAUUUUUACCCACGCGCCGCGCGGCAGGAAGGGCCCCCCCGAUUUCCAGUUCGGUUUCGAGUUUUUCCACCCCGCAAGCGCAAGGCCCCGCACCAAAAAACACGCAGCCGAGGAGUGAGGCGCACCCCGUUCGGAUCCCCUUUCCUUCUCGCUCCCCCCUCUUCCCCAACUUUCUCGCACCCGGCGGGGCGGGCGGCCGCGGCGCGAGCACAGGUGGGCACCGGCCGAAUGGGGUACCUCUCCUGCCGCGCGGACUCGUCCGUGGCGACGUGCCGCUCCAUCACGGCCAUCUCGCCGCUCCCCAUCUCGCGCCGCUCGGGGGGCUCCGGCGGCUCCAGGCCCGCCGCGCUGCCGCCGGCGGCCAUCGAGAGGUUCGACUACGCCGAGCUGGAGGCGGCCACGUCCCACUUCGCGGACGCCGCGCUGCUUGGGAGGGGCAGCCACGGGGCCGUCUACAAGGCCGUGCUCCCCUCGGGCCGCGCCGUCGCCGUCAAGCGCCCCUCCCCGCGCCGACCCGAGGUGGACAACGAGAUCCGCAUCCUCUCCUCCGUCCGCGGCCCGCGCCUCGUCAACCUCCUCGGCUUCUCCAACCCCGGCCCAGGCCCCGCCGCGCGCCUGCUCGUCGUCGAGUACAUGCCCAACGGCACGCUCUACGACCUGCUCCACUCCAACCCGCGCCCGCCGGGGUGGCCGCGCCGCCUCCGCCUCGCGCUCCAGACGGCCAGGGCGCUGCGCGCGCUCCACGACGCCGACCCGCCCGUCAUCCACCGCGACGUCAAGUCCGCCAACGUCCUGCUCGACGCCAACCUCGACGCGCGCCUCGGCGACUUCGGCCUCGCCCUCCGCGUGCCCAGGGCCACCGGCGCCAAUGCCGCCGCAGCCGCCACGCCCGCGCCCGCGGGCACGCUCGGCUACCUCGACCCGGCCUACGUCACGCCCGAGAGCCUCAGCACUAAGACGGACGUCUUCAGCUUCGGGAUCCUGCUGCUCGAGAUCAUGAGCGGACGCAAGGCCAUCGACGUCCAGCACUCGCCGCCGUCCGUCGUCGAGUGGGCGGUGCCCCUUCUGCGGAAAGGCAGGGUGUCCUCUCUGUUCGACCCGCGCGUGGCGCCGCCGCGGGACCCGGUCGCCCGCAAGGACCUCGCCGCGCUAGCGGCGAGCUGCGUGCGCUCGUGCAGGGAGCGCCGACCAUCCAUGGCCGACAUCGUCGAGCGGCUCGUGGUCCUCAGCAAAGCAGUAUCUGCUAAGGUGUGGAACGGGCUCGCCGACGGGCUUGCGGUGGUCGGGAACCCUUGCGCUGUCGUUGAUGUUCAGAGGACCAUCUCAAAGCGAGCGGCUGCCAGCAGCAGAGCUGAAUCAGAGCGGGAAUCAACUUCAGCAUUGGCGUUUGACGACGAUGAAAAGGAGGAGGCAGAUGCAGAUGCCUUGGAGGAGGAUCAGGUGCCAUUAGUUGGUGCCAGGAAGUCACCCCGGCCACUGAAGAACGGGAUAGUGCUAUCUGAGGCCGGGGCUCGGGAGAGGAGAAAUCUCUUGGAGCUGAUGGCUCGGAUCGAUGGUGUUGCAGGCCAAAGAUUUGGCAUUAGCAGAGCCAGAACAGUUCGUGCGACUGGUGACCUUAUUGAAAAGGAUGCAGUGUUGCUUCUGAGGAGGAACAAGACUGUAAGAGUUAUUGGAUCUGAGGCACUCCCAAAAUCCGAAAAGGUUUCUCACUUUGAUGUGAAGAUCAAACACAAAGUUGGGAAAGAACAAGAGAAGGCAGAGGAAGUUCAAGCCAAGGCAGGGGAAGUCCAAGAGAAAAAAGAGAAGAACCAAGAGAUUGCAUGUGGAACCCAAGAAGGUUCCAAGGAAAUAGUAGGCAAAGCAAAUAAAUUGCUAGAAGAGACGGAGGCAAACCUUGACAAAGAAGAGAGGAUUCAAGAAAAGAAAGGGCAAAGCCUUGAAAAAGCAGAAAGUGUUAAAGGCAAUGAAGGCAAAAUCCAAGGCACCGUAGAGAAGAUCCGAGAAAGUGAAGGGGAAAUCCAAAACAAAGUAGAGAAAAUCCAUUUGAAGAGCGGGGAGAGUUAAAUCUGUACAAUGUUCUUGGGGUCAGCUUAAUCAAUUGUUGCCUGGCAGUUUAUCUCAAGGACAAUGAUCAUGAGAUAGAAAUCUCAUUCCCCAGGCCCCAGCUAUCUCCAUGGUAAUGGGAUUCCACCAGAAGUGUUUGUGAUUGGCCAAUACAGCCUUGAUUUCAGAUCCAAGCAAUGUGAUCCAUUUGGGAAUGCCAGCAACGAAAGCUACUACUCAGCUAUUGAAUCUUGGGUGAUAGCCAAUGCAAUGGCUUACUGUGGGGAUAUCUUCGGAUUCAAUUUAAGCAACUGGUAAUCAUUUCGCUGCUUCAAACGGAGUCAGUUGGAGCUACAAAAGGCUGCUAGUUGAAGUAGAUUGUUGUAGUAUUCUUUCGUUGAUUAUUUUUCCUGCCUGCAUACAAGAAGAAGCAUCAAGUGUCAAAUUGAUUUGUAUAUAUGUAGGCAUGGUGGUAGCUGCAGUAGUGUAGAGAUGGCUGAGCUCAACAAAGAGCAGUAGAUCUUCAGAAGUUCAGGUUCUAUUGAAGCAACCGGUAAUCAUUUCGAUGCUUCAAACCGAGUCAGGUGGAGCUUCUAAAUGGCUGCUAGUUGAAUUAGAUUGUUGUAGUAUUCUUUUGUUGAAUAUUUAUGCUGCCUGCAUACAAGAAGAAGCAUCAAGUGUCGAAUUGGUCUGUAUAUAUGUAGGAUGGUGGUAACUGCAGUGGAUCUUGAGAAAAUUUAUUUUUGGCAUUUCCACCUUAAGGUACAUAAGUGGACAUGUUCUCAUGCAAUGCUCA